UUCGAUGAAUUGUUGGAUGACAUUGCAGCGGCGAAAUACAACGAAAAUUUACUUGUGGAAGCUUUGAAUGAAGAAGGCCGUUCAAAUUACUACGUAACUUUCUUUAGGUUAAUCACAUCUGGUUACUUACGGGAGAAUGCUGCUGAUUACGAAGGUUUUAUUGAUGGUGGCCGUACGAUGGAGCAGUUUUGUCAAUCCGAAAUAGAACCGAUGUUCAAAGACUGUGAUCAUUUAGCAAUUAUUGCUUUAACUAAAGCUAUAGGAGUAUCAAUUCGUAUCGAAUAUAUGGAUCGAACGGCAGCACUACAUCAUGGCUGGUUUUAUGAUUUUAUUGUGGAUAAGAAGUUACCAAGGCAUUUUUUUCUCUAUCGCCCUGGUCAUUAUGAUAUUAUUUACAAGACUUAA